GACUUAAUAAUUAGUCUUGUGUGUCUAACGGGUGUGUCCCCUUUCUCCCAUUCUUCACAUCAUUAGAAUGCCGGCUUGGUGGAAUAGAAAGUGGAGCAAGAGCAAGGAGGAGGAUGAGGAGGAUGAGCCACGUGCCGGUUUUCACUUGAAUUUUAUGAAAUCUCCGGUUUCUGUUACAUCGUCUAAGAGCAAGAGUAAGACCACGACGCCGACGCCGAUGAAGAAGAAGAAGAAGCCCAAGAGCUUCGACGAGAAGGUGGAGGGUGUUCCCUUGCCUCGUCCGGCGCAUAGUCACGCCGAUCCUCUUGGAUCUGUUUCGGUGUCGGGGGGUUCCAGCGUCAGCUCCUCCACCUCCUUCGACGAUCAUCCAAUUUCGUCUCCCAACACCAACCCCAACCCCAACAGAGGACAUGAUGAGGUUAGGGUCAAUGUAAGGUCAAAAAGUCCGGGUCCUGGGUCAAGAGGACCUACCAGUCCUACCUCACCGCUUCAUCAAAGGUUGAAUAAUUUGAGCCUUGACUCUCCUACGGGGAGUCAGUGUCAUCCAUUACCUCUUCCACCUGGCUCUCCAACUAGUCCUUCUUCUGUGCUUUCCAACGCACGAGCAAAUGGACAUUUGGAAAAUGCUACUAGCAAUGUGUCCAAGUGGAGAAAAGGAAAGCUUCUAGGACGGGGAACAUUUGGGCAUGUAUAUCUGGGAUUCAAUAGUGAAAAUGGACAAAUGUGUGCAAUAAAAGAGGUCAAGGUUGUCUCUGAUGAUCAAACAUCAAAAGAGUGCCUCAAACAACUUAACCAGGAGAUAAAUUUGCUAAAUCAGCUUUCACACCCUAAUAUUGUUCAAUACCAUGGGAGUGAACUGGUAGAAGAAUCACUUUCUGUAUAUUUGGAAUAUGUCUCUGGUGGUUCUAUCCAUAAAUUACUUCAGGAGUAUGGUUCAUUUAAGGAGCCUGUUAUUCAAAAUUAUACCAGACAGAUUGUCUCUGGACUUGCCUAUCUGCAUGGAAGAAAUACAGUACACAGGGAUAUUAAAGGGGCGAACAUACUAGUUGAUCCUAAUGGUGAAAUCAAACUGGCAGACUUUGGAAUGGCUAAACAUAUAAAUUCUUCUGCCUCAAUGCUUUCAUUCAAAGGAAGUCCAUACUGGAUGGCACCUGAGGUUGUAAUGAAUACAAAUGGCUAUAGUCUUCCAGUUGAUAUAUGGAGCUUGGGAUGCACAAUUAUUGAAAUGGCAACAUCAAAACCUCCAUGGAAUCAGUAUGAAGGGGUAGCUGCCAUAUUUAAAAUUGGGAACAGCAAAGAUAUGCCUGAAAUCCCCGAGCAUCUUUCGAACGAUGCAAAAAAUUUCAUCAAGCUAUGCUUACAAAGAGACCCAUUAGCUCGCCCGACAGCCCAUAAGUUACUAGACCACCCCUUCAUUCGAGAUCAAUCGGCAACAAAAGCUGCAAAUGUCAGCAUAACCAGAGAUGCUUUUCCUUGCAUGUUUGAUGGAAGCCGGACACCGCCUGUGUUAGAGUCCCAUUCCAACCGAACAAGUAUAACUUCUCUUGAUGGAGAUUUUGCAUCAAAGCCAGCUCUUGCAGCACCACGAGCAUUAAGGAGUCCUAGAGAUAACACAAGAAUGAUCACAUCUUUACCAGUAUCUCCCUCUUCAAGUCCAUUGCGACGGUAUGGGCCAACGCAUCAGAGCUGUUUUUUCUCUCCUCCUCAUCCAGCUUACACAAUAAUGGGACAAAGUAGUUACACUUUGAAUGACAUAUCAUCAUAUCCAAUGACAUCAAAUGCCACGUUUGCUCUUGAUCCUUGGCAUGAAACAUCUCGAUACAGAGCCAAUACACCACCUGGUGGAUCUCCAAGAAUGAGACUCAUUUGAGUUGAGAUUGUAAAUAGCUAUAGAACUAAAAUAUUACCACGUCUCCCCAGCAUACCUCGUGGUCUGUGGUUGAACUUCAAUCUGGACUCUGAAACACAAACUAUCCUAAAUAUUCUGCGGGUCCAUUCUUUAUACUUGAGAACCAGAUGACGGAAGAAAUGAUUCUGGCCCUAUGCUCUCGGUGCAUUGCAUUGGGGAGACCAUGCUGCUUGUAACAAUUUCUUGAUUAUUGUAAAUGCAAUGUGCUCACUGUGUUUGUAGUAACAAUUAUGUUGUAUAAUGAUAGUUCAUGGCAGGAUAAAAAAUAAAAAUAAAAAGUAAUUUUUAUAGCCACUCUUUC